ACCAAGCCGCCGAUGCCGGCUGCAUGAUUACCAGAUAGACGACGCAAGUUCAGGCACAACUGGAACGCCGAACCGUUUUCAGUUUAUGUUCCACAGGAAAGAUGACCAUCAAAAUGGCCGCUGCAUCAGACAACGUCGUCAACCCUCUCCAUCCGUCUCUGGUCGACAAGAUCGAUCCUGACUUUGCGAGAAUCUACAACCUGUUCCAGGGUACCUAACACCAAGACUGCGCGCCGACCAGGUACCGUAUGAGGAAUACAACAAGGACCGAGCAAAAUACACUUUCCCAGUCCACGAGGUCGAGGGCCCGUGCCCCGACGUCGGUAGUAACACGGUACACCAGGUCUCGGUGACGGAACCACCUGGCGAGAUCUCCGUACAAGUUAUCAGGCCGACAGACGAUGCAGUUGCCAAAGGUGGCCUGGGCAGAAACGGAAGACUUCCUGUGUAAUUUCCAUGGUGGCGGCUUUGUUAUAGGCAGCCUUCUCACGGAUGAAGUCUUCUGCAAGAAUGUUGCUCAACAGGUCGGAUGUGUUGCAGUAAACGUCGAAUACAGAAUGUCCCCCGAGUAUCCGCAUCCCACUCCUGUGCUGGACAGUUUUGAUGCGCUCAGGUGGGUGAUCGAGAACGGCGACACGCUCGGCAUUGAUACCUCUCGCCUGGCCAUUGGGGGCUACUCUGCAGGAGGAUGCAUCGCGGCUGCGUUGGCUCUCUUGGCCAGAGACAAUGUGGAUCUCCCGUCACUGAAACUCCAGCUACUCGUUGUCCCGGUCCUAGACGCGAGGUUCGUGCCAGAGGAUGGCCCAUGUGACCCCGACACUGUCCCGUAUGAGAGCUACGUGAGCCUGGAGCAUGCCCCAUGCUUGCCUCUCCAUCGCCUGCGGUGGUUCUAUAACCUCUGGCUAGGACGGGGGGAACAGAGGGUCGAAAAGGCCAACGACUUCCGGGCAUCACCGAUGGUGGCGGCUGACUUGUCACGCCUGGCCCCCGCCAGUAUACAUUCUGCCGAGAUUGAUCCGCUGGUGGAGGAGGGCCGCCUAUUCCACAACAAACUUCUGGCUGCAGGAACCCCUAGCGACCUAAAGGUAUACAAGGGCGUCGGACAUCCUUUUGGUCAUUGGGCUGGUGAGCUACCUGCAGCUAGAGAGUUUUGCAAUAAUGCCUACUCUGCACUACGGAGUGCUUUCACAGCUCUUUAA